AUGUGGAAGGAAAUUGUGCACGAAUACACUGAGAAAGGUGCCUAUGCGCAGACCGAUCUUCACACAAAAUUUCUAGAGUUGAAGUGUCCAGGCGGAGGAGACGUCAUGGAGGGAGGGGAGGAAAUAGAGGCUUCCAUUGAGGUGGAAGAGGUCAACAAAGAUUGGUUCUCAGAAAUAGAUGAGGAUGACCUACCGCAAAUCAGCGACUGGGAGAUAGAAUUAGCAGCCCCUCACAGUGGAAGCGACACAGAUAGCCUCAUGGAAACAGCUGCCGAAGUUACCGUUGGACAAAAAGAGGGCACCAUUGUUGAACUUUACGACUCUGGUACAAUGAGACACAUCUCCCCAUAUUGCAAGCAGUUUAAAACUCUCACCUCCAUCCUGUCUAAGUUGUUCGCAGCCGCAAACCAGCAAUGUUUCAAUGCCACUGGCAUCGGAGAGCUUGUUAUUGAAGUACCAAAUGGAAUGGAUGUUUCGAAACUAACACUCACUGAAGUGCUCUACUCUCCCGCUGUUGGCUAUACCCUUAUGGUACCUGCAUCAUUCGAGACCCCAGUGAGGAAGUCAUUGGACAAAUCCCCAAGUCUGGGCAUGGGCUCUAUUGCAUUGUUCAUCAAACCAAUGACAACUGCACAAACACUGCAGUGGAGACUAUUACGGUCAUGGAACUUCACAAAUGCAUGGGGCACAUUGCCCCAUCCGUUGCACAUCGCCUAG